AUGAGGACUCAAAUAGGAAGGGAGGUCCUAUUUUUUCAGGCGCUGUGGCUCUUCUGUUUCGGUGCCUUGUGGAAUAGAACAGGAGCACAGCUGCGCUACACCAUUCCAGAAGAGCUAAAGGAGGGUUCCGUUGUUGGAAAUAUAGCCAAAGAUCUUGGUUUUGGAGCAUCGGAGAUUUCUGAGCGUAAACUGAGGGUUGCGUCUGAUUCCGGUAAGCAGUACUUUUCUUUAGAUUUGAGGAAUGGCGAGCUGAUUGUGAAGGACGUCGUAGACAGAGAGGAUCUAUGCGAACAAAGCGCCAGUUGUGUGCUGCCAUUGCAGAUAAUAAUCGAGGAUCCUCUUCAGUUUUAUCGCGUGGAGGUCGAAAUACAAGAUAUAAACGACAAUUCCCCACGUUUUCUUUCUGGCACGAACAUUUUAGACGUGGCUGAGUCGACACCGUCUGGAGCGAAAUUCCGUUUAGAGCCUGCCCAAGACCCCGAUGUUGGAUCUAACGCUUUACGAACGUACACGUUGAGUAAAAAUGAUUAUUUUGCCUUGAACCUCAAGAAUAACAAGGAUGGGAGGAAAGUCCCAGAGCUUGUGCUGGAGAAGCUUCUUGAUAGAGAAAAACAGCCCAUUCACCAGCUCACUUUGACAGCCAUUGAUGGAGGGAAUCCGGUUAGAUCAGGGAGCACUGAAAUCACAGUGAGGGUGCUGGAUGCCAAUGAUAAUGCUCCAAUAUUUGAGAAAGAUUUAUAUGAGAUUAAAGUAAUGGAAAACUGCGCCCCAGGUACCCUUAUACUGACUGUAAAAGCAAUUGACUUGGAUGAAGGGAUUAAUAGCCAAAUCCAGUAUUCCUUUGGGGCGCAUACAUCAGAAAUUAUUCAGAAUUUCUUCACUAUCAACCCAGAAACGGGUGAAGUGUCUGUGUUCAAAAAUCUCGAUUAUGAAAGCAGUAAAUCGUUUGAGUUUGAUAUACGAGCUAAAGACAAAGGAACCCCAGCUAUGGAGGGACAUUGUAGAGUCCAGGUGGCAGUGGUAGAUGUGAACGAUAAUGCUCCAGAGAUCACCAUCGCCUCCUCGCCCAAACCUGUGCGAGAGGACGCGCCAGCGGGGACCAUGGUAGCGUUGAUAAACGUUAAAGAUCUGGAUUCAGGAGAGAAUGGAAACGUAACGCUAACGACGUCCACUAACCACCCAUUUAAAUUAAAGCCAACGUUUUCCAAUCAUUACGCACUGGUUACAGACGCGAAGUUAGACCGAGAGAAGUUCCCGGAAUAUAAUAUUGAGCUCAAAGCAGCCGAUGCUGGAUCGCCAGCCUUACUGACGAGCAAAUUUGUCACAGUGUACAUUCUAGAUGUGAAUGACAACGCUCCCGUUUUCUCAAUGCCAGUGUACUCAGUUUAUGUUAAAGAGAACUGCGCCCCGGGGUCAAUUCUAUCAUCAGUGUCAGCCACAGAUUUAGAUACGGGUGAAAAUGCUAAAAUAACAUAUUCUGUUUUAGAUUCCAAAAAACAAGAUAUUCCUGUUUCCUCAUAUGUCUAUAUAAACUCCGAUAACGGCAGCAUCUACACCAUGCACUCCUUCGACUACGAGAAAAUGAAAGUGUUCCAGAUCCAAGUUCAGGCGAAAGAUCACGGCUCUCCGUCUCUGAGCAGCAACGCCACAGUUCACGUGUUCAUUCUGGACCAGAACGACAAUGCCCCCGCGGUCAUUUACCCCUCUGCAGUCAUGGGCUCCGUCUCUCAUCAGAGGAUGCCCCGCUCCGCUAAAGCAGGACACCUCGUCACUAAGGUCACGGCAGUGGACGCUGACUCGGGCCAUAACGCCUGGAUCUCCUAUCGGCUCGCGGAGGCCGCGGACGCGUCUCUGUUCAGCGUCAAUCUGCACACCGGAGAGGUGAGGACUAGGCGCUCCGUGUCCGAGCAGGAUGACUCCUCUCAGAGGCUGCUGAUAGAGAUCAAGGACAACGGAGAGCCCGUGCAGUCCACCACGGUCACCGUGGAUGUGCUGAUAGAGGACGGCUUUCAUGAGCCCGUCUCAGACUACCGCAAGAAAAGCGCGGAGGUCAGUAAGAAAAGCGGGAAAAUCACUCUGUACCUGAUCAUCUCUCUCGCUUCUGUUUCGCUGCUGUGUCUGAUGACGUUCUUCAUCUUGCUGGUGAAAUGCGCUCGAGGCAGUAGAGGCAGCUCGAGCUGCUGUAUCAGGCGGAGCGAGUCUGGAUAUAAAAACCCCAACAGAAACCUGCAGAUCCAGCUCAACACGGACGGCCCCAUUAAGUAUGUGGAGGUGCUGGGAGGAGACAUGAUGUCUCAGAGUCAGUCGUUCGGCUCCUAUCUCUCUCCAAUAUCCGAGUUCAGUGAUUUCACCCUCGUUAAGCCCAGCAGCACCACUGACUUCACAGACACGCUCAACGUGCUGGAUGCGUCCUUACCUGACAGCACGUGGAAGUUCGAGAGUCAGCAGGUGAGUGCUUUGUUGGAAACAAUCAGCAGUAAUAUGUGGUUUCGUUGUCCGUUGCUUAAGUGA